CCUUCCUCGAUCGCCUCGAUCUUCGUUCUUUUGGAUCGUAUGUGAUCCGGUUGUGAUUCUUACGUUCUUCUUUUGCAGCGGGAAAGAUCAAGAUCGGCAUCAAUGGGUUCGGAAGGAUCGGGAGGCUGGUCGCCAGAGUCGCGCUCCAAAGCGACGAUGUGGAGCUCGUCGCCGUGAAUGACCCCUUUAUCACCACCGAUUACAUGACGUACAUGUUUAAGUAUGAUACCGUGCAUGGAUCUUGGAAGCAUCACGAGAUCAAGGUGAAGGACUCCAAGACUCUUCUCUUUGGCGAUAAGCAAGUUACUGUUUUUGGAGUUAGGAAUCCUGAGGAGAUUCCAUGGGGUGAGACCGGUGCUGAGUACAUUGUGGAAUCCACUGGUGUCUUCACUGACAAGGACAAGGCUGCUGCUCACCUUAAGGGUGGUGCCAAGAAGGUCAUCAUCUCUGCUCCCAGCAAGGAUGCUCCAAUGUUCGUUGUAGGGGUGAAUGAAAAUGAGUACAAGCCGGACAUUAAUAUUGUCUCCAAUGCAAGCUGCACGACCAACUGUCUUGCUCCUUUAGCCAAGGUUGUCCAUGAUAGAUUUGGAAUAGUAGAGGGUUUGAUGACCACAGUUCAUGCAAUCACUGCUACUCAAAAAACCGUUGAUGGACCAUCUAGUAAGGACUGGAGAGGUGGACGAGCUGCAAGCUUCAACAUCAUUCCUAGCAGCACUGGUGCUGCAAAGGCUGUUGGAAAAGUGCUUCCUGCUUUGAAUGGAAAGUUAACUGGUAUGGCUUUCCGUGUUCCAACUGUUGAUGUGUCGGUUGUGGAUCUCACUGUCAGGCUUGAGAAAGAAGCCACCUAUGAGGAGAUCAAGGCUGCCAUCAAGGAGGAAUCUGAGGGAAAGCUGAAGGGCAUCUUGGGAUAUGUGGAGGAGGACUUGGUAUCCACCGACUUUGUGGGAGACAAGAGAUCAAGCAUUUUUGAUGCCAAGGCUGGAAUUUCUUUGAAUGGAAAGUUUGUCAAGCUUGUGUCUUGGUAUGAUAACGAGUGGGGCUACAGCUCACGUGUUAUCGACCUGAUUCGCCACAUGCACAAGACCCAGUGA